AUGACGGGUGCAGCUUCCAGACACAGCAGACCAAAUCAGUCUCUCCGCGUAACAUACACCUACUCCGGAACCUCCCAAACCCGCCACCUCUCCAGAGACGAAUCCAUCGACCACUGGCCCGAUCUCGUCAUCGACCGCGACGGCGAUACCAACGCAUACACCGUCUCUGGUCCUGGAUCAGCCAAAGGGACGUUCACGGCACCUUGUAGUUAUCAUAAUGGCAUAGCCGAGAUCAAGACUGUUAUGGUCACCGAUGAAUCUCAGUCUAGGUAA